UUAUUUAAUUUGUGCUUUCACUGCAUUGAUUUUCUUGAGUAGUAUGUCUGAUUGUCUGAUAAUGUAGCUUGUCUGUCAAUGAUCCUGAUGUUUUUUAUGUCUUUGCAACUCAUUAGAUACUAUAUACACUUAUACAGAAUGAUGGAGAUCUGUUUUGUUUCCAGAAUGCAGUUUAAUAUUUUCUCGACUGUUAUGAAUUGAGGGUCUGCGACUGAAUAGAAGCUGUUCCUGUACUAAUUUGAAUGUGGUCCUCCCUACUUGAAUACAAGUAGUUAUGUUCUUUCCAGCUGACUAUGAUAGAAACAUUGAAAACCUUAACAAACUUCUCUAUAAUGUAGAUUUUUUUUUUUUUUUCAAUAUAUAAAUUUAACUUGUUAGAGCCUGUGCUAUAUUAUAUGGUAUCAAACACUGUUUAUGAUGAAGCACCAAAAACGUUGUCUUUAAUUUUCUAUACAUGCUUGUCUAAGGAUAAGGUUGAUGCUGCUAUUCAAUGUCUUGAACAUUGUGACUGAAAAUGCCUGUGGUGUUAGAUAACUAUUUCAGGUAGUUCUCUGUUUUGUGAUUUUUUUUUUUUCCUCUAAAUUAUGCUUAGCAUGAGAGUUGUAUAUCAUUGUAGCAACCUUGAUUAAAAUGUUUUUGGCUUUUCUCUAAUCCCCGAUGAUUGCUCAGUUCUUUGGUCAUCUCAUUUCUAGGUUAGUUUACUGUUUUGUUUACAGACAAAGGUCUUUAGAAGUACCUCAAAAAAGAUCACAACCCGCAGUUUCUUCAGAAGAAUCUCAAAAGAUCUCCCCUCGAUCUCUUUCUCAUGGAGUAAAGACCUCUCCUCGUGCUGUACCGCAGCUCAAGACAGCUGUGCCUGAACGUAAGUCACCAUCUCAAUCAUAUGCAAUUAGCAAGCUGAAGGAUAUAAGCUCAAAAAUCACUGAACAAAGAUCACCCCAGAGUUUUGGAUUAGAGGUUACUAAGUUGGAAUCUCAGAUUUCUGAACCUCAGACAGAUCUAAAGAAAGUCAAAGAUCAAUUAAGUUCUACAGAAGCGGUUAAGAUUCAAGAGGAGCAAGAUAUUGAGUUAUUGAAGAUGCAGUUUGCGGUCAUGACCUCAAUACUGGAAGACUCCCCGAAACAGUUGUUGAAGCACACCGCUGCUUCUGAGAAAACUUAUGCAAGUGAACUUCAGAGCUCCUUUAAGCAGGAGAGUCGGACAUUGCAGUCUGAGCUUGGGGUGACUGACUCAACUGCAUUGCUUUCUUCCUUAUCUGGAAUUAAACAGUUGAAGUCCCGGCUUGGAACUAUGGCUGAAUAUGAGGUUACCCAAACCAAGAAUGGACAAAAAACACAACCUGAACUGAAUAGCUCGAAAGAAAAUCUGAAGGGUAGUUUUUCGCUCGCAGAGGAUAUGGAAACCCAAUUAAGGGAUAACAGUGAGUCAGUAGCUCAAGCCCAACCACGUGUUAAUGAAACUCUGCUGCAACUAGAAGCAGCCAAAAAGACUGUUGAGACCCUUAGAUCAGAUGGUUUCAAAGCCAUGAAAGUGUAUGGUCCUGUGACUUCAGAACUAGACAAGUCAAGGGCACCUGUCAAUCUGCUGGAAGAGAUUGCUUGCAAACUCCCUGGUACCAUUAUUGAUUGCCGUAGCCCUCAAUCUACGUGUGAUCAGAACGAAAUUGGACAGAAUGAAGAAAAUAGGAAAAUGCUUGAAGCAGAGAUUUCUUCUAUGAAAUCAGAAAUUGAACAUUUGAGAGCUGCUCUAGAAGCAGUUGAGAUCAGAUACAAUGAAGAGCAAACUCGAAGCACUUUGGAGAUCAGGGGUGUGUAUGAGUUGAUGGAGCAGAUGAAGUCCAUUUCAGGUAAUAGGGAGACCGUGCUGAAAGAGGAGGUUGACAACUUGAAAGUUGAAAUCGAGGGGUUGAAAGCAAAUCUGAUGGAUAAAGAAACUGAAUUGCAAGGUAUCUGUGAGGAGAAUGAGACUCUAAGACUGGAAAAUAUGCAGUCAGGACAAAGGAAAUAUACACUAGAACAGGAGCUUCAAAACUCAAAAGUUGAUAUUGAAAAUUUGAAGGCAAAUUUGAUGCACAAGGAAACAGAACUACAGAAAAUCUCAGAAGAAAACAAGAUGCUGAUGUUGGAAGUCAGGGCAAGAGAACCCAACAAGGGGAAUGUGAACCAUGAAGUUGAUGCUGAACUAGAGAGAGCUAAGGCGGCAGGGCAAGAAGCUCUCAUGAAGCUUGGGUACAUGAAAGAAGAAGUUGAGAAGAGUAACACGCAGGCAGCGAGAGUGGCCGAGCAGUUGGAUGUAUCACAGGCAAUGAAUGCUGAACUGGAAGCAGAGUUAAGGAGGCUGAAAAUUCACUCUGACCAAUGGAGGAAGGCUGCUGAAGCAGCUGCGGCUAUGCUUUCAGCUGGGAAUGGGAGAUUCAUGGACAGAACUGUAUCAAUGGAUAGCCAGCAUUGGCACAGAUCUGGUAAGCUUAGUCCACCUUUUUCAGAAGGCAUUGAUGAAGAUUUUCUGAAGAGGAAAAAUGCAAAUAUGCUUAAGAGAAUCGUCAUCCUGUGGAAGAAGGCUCCAAAAUAGGACCACAAGGCUGAAGUUUUGGUAUUAUAUUGCACAUUUGCACGCACUGUUGCUGUCGUGUUCAAGAUGUGUACUUAAGAUACAAUCAUAUGAAUGCUUGUGAUGAAAUAAUCUCUGCUGUGUGUUAAUAAACGCUCAGGCUUUAUCUUCUUAGCUUAUUUUCUGUUUCUCUGGGAUUAAACGGCUCAUAUUCAUGCUGUUGCAAUGCUCAGAAACUUACUGCCUGUGGUAUUAAGGAUUUGAUAGAAAUAGAUAUUUUCAUCUCAUAUGUAAGUGCUGCUUUUGUCCCUCUAAGUUGCUUGCAUUCACUACAGUAAUACAUUCUACGGUUGGUCA